AAACUCUCAACGUUCAAAAAAAAGUUGAAUCCUUUUUCUUCGCGUCGCAUCGUAAAGAACUAAGAAGAGAAGAAAGAGCCUUCUCUCUUGUGGAAUCUAAAGACUUUGAAGUUCCUCGGUUUCAAUCAUACACUGGAGGAAUAAGAAAUGGGGAGAAACCUCGGUUCAGCGUUUAGACAAGAGCUGGCUAACCUCGACAAAGAUCCAGACACUAACAAGACUGCAAUGAGCAACUUGAGAACCAUUGUGAAAGACUUGAACCCAAAAGUGAUACAUGUUUUUGUUGCUCAAGUCUCUGAAACCAAAGAGAUUGGUUCUGAGUCCGGUGGCUACACAGUUUCUCUCUUUGAAGACCUUGCUCGUGCUCACGGAGUUAAACUCGCUCCACACGUGGACACCAUCAUGCCGGUUAUCAUAAGGACGUUGACCUCCUGCGAGGACUCCUUAGGCGUUCAACAGGCUUGCUCAAAGGCGGUGGCUGCUAUGGCUAGAUACGGGGUUGAUCCUGCAACACCGGAAGAUAAGAAGAGGAACGUGAUUCAUUCUCUUUGCAAGCCUCUCUCUGAGUCUCUUUUGGAUACGCAGCAUCAGCAGCAUCUCGCUUUGGGGUCUGCUCUCUGCUUGAAGUCGCUUGUGGAUUGUGAUAGCUGGCGGUUUGCGUCUAGUGAAGUGGUUAACAGUGUUUGUCAAAGCUUGGCUGUUGCUCUUGAAGCCACUUCUAGUGAGGCCAAGUCUCAUAUGGCGCUUGUCAUAGCGCUUGCUAAGCACAAUCCUUUUAUUGUCGAGGCGUAUGCUAGGCUCUUGGUGAAGUCUGGUCUGAGGAUUCUGGAGUUAGGUGUUGUUGAGGGGGAUUCUCAGAAACGGCUUUUGGCUGUGCAGAUGCUUAACUUUCUGAUGAAGUAUCUGAAUCCAAAGAGUAUUUGCUCUGAGCUAGAGCUUAUAUUCAAAGAGAUGGAGAAACAUCUGAAAGAUGAGAUGUAUUUUGUUAGAGUGGCGGCUUAUGAGACCAUGAGUACAGCAGAGAGAUUGAUAGGAGAGUCAGCAGAACCAAUGUUCAAUGCAGAAUCAAUCAAGUCUACACCAGGCUUGAGAGCACAUAGUGGGAGUUAUGUUAAUGAACAAGAAGAGGAAGAUGUUUUGUUUAACGGUAUAGCCAGUGGAAGAACUGGUGUCUCAGGCUCUCCUUUGGUGUAUUAUGCUGACUAUAACCGAGAGACCGGUUCUGUGCUCCAGAGUCCAAGAGAUGGAAGCCAAAUUCAGUUUCCUGGCGUUGAAGAUUAUGACAUGGAGUCAGUUAUGUUCCAUCAGAGGAACAGAAGCUCUGAGUUUAAUGAGUCUGUGUGCUCUUGGACCAACCGCUCAAGAAGCUCAAGAGGAAAGCCAAAGAAGAGACAAUCAUCAGGAGACGUCUGUUCACAGCAUCACAGGCACGGUUUCGCACAAGAUCCAUUCACUGAGCUAGUGGAGAACAGACAACGGUACACUGAAAGCUAUUCGUCAUCAUCAAUAUAUGAUACAUCUGGUAGUACUACUAAUACUCCAACUGAAUAUAUCUGUGAGAAACCGAAGUCAGAUUUGGAUUCUGAGGCCAAAGUUAUGACAGGAGAGACUGAAACAGUCUCGAGAAAGGGAAGGGGCAAGCGUGUGUUGAGAUGGGGAUUGAGUUUCUUCUCUGUUGUAGUUGCAGGGUUUGCUAUGUGGGUGCAUCUGAAUGAUGAUAUGAUGAUGCCUCCUCACCUUGUUCCUACCUGAAGUCUAAGGGAUGAACAUAAAAAGCAGCUUAGAACUUAGAGCUUAGGUUCAAUUUGUACGUUCUCUUGUGUUCUUUUGUUAACUGUGUGGAGGAUCGAUCUUGUUCAAAUACUCGUUUGUUUUUUUCUAAUCAAAAGUUUGUCA